UAAUCGCGUGACCAACGGUUGAGUGGAUCUAUGUUCUGCAACCUUUGAACACAGAAGUUGUAAAGAUAAAUUAAUCAGUGAUGUGAAAAACUGGGUCACGCUGGAGUAGUCUUGUAAAGUCCUCAUUGCUGACUGACGACGCACUCAGACAUCAGAAAUCAUCAGAAGUCAAAGUAACUGACAGUCUGAACCGUCAACAUGGCCUCCAGGUCGGAGGAAGACCUCUCGUUUCCCGAGUACGAGCACAUGUGCAGCCUGCACGGCGAGAAGCUCACGAUCUUCUGCGUGGACCACCAGGAGCCGAUCUGCUUGGUCUGCAGGGACUCCAGGGCUCACAGCAACCACCAGUUUAGCCCCAUCGUCGAGGCGGCCCAGGACCUUGGCCAUAAGCUGCAGAGAGGCCUGACACCCCUCCGGGAGAAGCUGAGGCUCUUCCAGCAGGUGAGGGGGGGCUGCCUCCACACGGCAGACUACCUCCGGGUCCAGGCCCGGGACACCGAGAAGCAGAUCCGGCAGCAGUUUCAGAAGCUUCACCAGUUCCUGGAACGGGAAGAGAAGGCGAGGAUGGAGGCGCUGAGGGAGGAGGAGGAGCAGAAGAGUUGGGCGAUGAAGGAGAAGGUGGAGGCUCUCACCCGGGACGUGGACGCUCUUUCAGACGCGAUCAGAGCGGCGGAGACGGAGCUGAGAGGCGAAGACGUCUCGCUGCUGCUCAACCAAAGGACCUUGACCCGGAGGGUCAAGCAGGCCCUGGUUCUUCAGGACCCGGAGCCGGUUUCAGGGGCUUUGAUUGAUGUGGCCAAACAUCUGGGCAACCUGACCUUCAACAUCUGGAAUAAGAUGAAUGACAUGGUGCGCUACAGUCCCAUGAUCCUGGAUCCAAACACCGCCGACCGAGAGCUUGUCGUGUCUGACGAGCUGCUGAGCGUCACAUCCGGGGGGUCGCGAGAGCUGCCGAGCAACCCGGAGAGGACCCGGUUCUCCCGCAGCAUCCUGGGCUCCGAGGGGGUGAAGUCAGGGACCUACAGGUGGGCCGUGGAAGUUGGAGACAACACUGACUGGGAGCUGGGAAUGCUGGGAGCCGAUGCUGGCGACCCAGCGAAGCAGCAGUGGUGGAGGAUUACACUUAAGGACGGUAGAUACACAGCGUUGGCUGGAUCGAAGAAGCAAGACCUGCAGGGCAAGGUGCCCCGGGGGAUCAUGCUUAAUCUAGAUUUUGACAAGGGGAAGCUGUCGUUCCUGGAUAUUGAAACAAAGAUAGCCUUCCACACCUUCAAGCACAGGUUCAAGGGCACGCUGUUUCCUUACAUGUACACCCGGAGCUCAGACCCACUGAGGAUCCUGCCAUUCAAGGUUUCAUUGACGACACCAAGUUAGGCAGGUCGAGACAUCGUGUCGGGACCAGACUCUGAACCCAGAGACGAGUCAACAUCCCUGGAAGCUCACCGGUGCACUCACUGACGCCGCCUUGUGGACUGGAUGACAGACAA